AUGGAGAAACCCAGCUAUUUCCAGUCGUACAAUAAGAACGUUUUGAAAGUUUCAGGUAAUAGGGCGACAGGAGAACAGUUAGCUCCCGGAGCAGUACCAGCUCACCCGGUACUUGCUCCGGUUAUUGCCCCAGGAGGAGCCGCACCAGUUGGAAUAUCUCCUGCUAGUCUCACAAAUGGAGCACUUGCCGGAGUAUCGGCCGCAUCAAUGGCCAAUAUCAUGCAGAAUCCAGGAUUCGCGAAUCUGAUCCACCAAGCUCUCCGUAAUCAACUUGAAACACAAGCAGUGGCUCAACAGUUAGCAGCUAAUCCACAAUAUCAACUCAAUGGAACUUCUUCAGCUGCUUCGUUACUUCUUGCUCCACAAGCAGCGGUUGCUCUUCCACCACAGCCUACUGUAGUUGUGAACGGUGUUGCUGAAACCAUAAUUUUCCUCGUUGCAGAACACAUAACAGAACUUGCUCAUCGACACUUCCAGACAGCAAAUUACGCAGAUGCUGAAAAGCUUUGUAAUUCAGUUUUCCAAACCGAUCCUAACAAUAUACCCAUUCUACUCUUGCUCUCUGCAAUCAAUUUUCAAGUGAAGAAUCUGGAAAAAUCUAUGCAGUUCUCGAAGCUGGCUAUAAAAGUGAAUAGUAAUUGCGCCGAAGCCUACAGUAAUCUUGGAAACUAUUACAAAGAGAAGGGACACUUAGCAGAAGCUUUGGACAAUUAUAAGACGGCUGUUAAACUUAAACCAGAAUUCAUUGAUGCCUAUAUCAAUUUGGCGGCUGCAUUAGUGUCUGGAGGAGACCUGGAGCAAGCUGUAGCCGCUUAUUUCAAUGCGUUAAGGAUUAAUCCGGAUCUGUAUUGUGUGAGGAGUGAUUUGGGAAAUUUGUUGAAGGCAAUGGGAAGGCUUGAAGAAGCGAAGGUUUGCUAUUUGAAGGCGAUUGAAACUCAACCACAGUUCGCAGUCGCUUGGUCAAAUCUCGGUUGUGUUUUCAAUAGUCAAGGAGAAAUAUGGUUAGCUAUUCACCAUUUCGAGAAGGCAGUCACACUUGAUCCGAACUUCCUCGACGCCUACAUUAACCUUGGAAACGUUCUGAAAGAAGCCCGAAUUUUCGAUCGUGCUGUUUCUGCGUAUCUUCGUGCACUCAAUUUGUCUGGGAAUCAUGCAGUUGUCCAUGGUAAUCUGCAAGGGUAUGUAUUAGAUGAGUAUUCCACUGUUUCUAUAAUUCUUUACGGUUUCAGAUUGAUCGAUUUGGCUAUCGACACUUACAAGAAAGCAAUCGAAUUGCAACCUCAUUUCCCAGAUGCCUAUUGUAAUCUAGCUAAUGCAUUGAAAGAGAGAGGAAGCGUUUCGGAGGCUGAAACGAUGUAUUUGAAAGCGUUGGAGCUCUGCCCAACCCAUGCCGACUCCCAAAACAACCUUGCCAAUAUCAAGCGCGAGCAAGGCAAAAUUGAAGAUGCAACUCGACUGUACUUGAAAGCCCUCGAAAUCUACCCAGAGUUUGCCGCUGCUCACUCUAACCUUGCUUCAAUACUGCAACAACAAGGAAAACUACAAGAUGCCAUUCUUCAUUACAAAGAAGCAAUCAGGAUCUCCCCAGCAUUUGCCGACGCCUACUCCAACAUGGGAAACACACUGAAAGAGAUGGGAGAUAGCUCAUCUGCGAUCGCUUGCUAUAAUCGAGCCAUCCAAAUCAAUCCAGCUUUCGCCGAUGCUCACUCAAAUCUUGCCAGUAUUCACAAAGACGCUGGAAACAUGGCAGAAGCGAUUCAGAGCUAUGGAACUGCUCUCAAACUGAAGCCAGACUUCCCAGAUGCAUUCUGUAAUCUCGCACACUGUCUUCAAAUAAUUUGUGAUUGGACAGACUACGAUAAGAGAGUUCGACGACUGGUUCAACUUGUGGAAGAUCAACUAGGAAAGAAACGGUUGCCAUCUGUCCAUCCACAUCAUUCAAUGCUUUAUCCUCUAUCUCAUGCUACUCGGAUUGCUAUUGCUGCUAAACAUGCUUCAUUGUGCUUUGACAAGGUCCAUCUCCAAAUGCUCGGAAAGACACCACUCAUCCAUGCUGACCGAUUCAGUGUUCAAAACGGACAACGCCUCAAGAUCGGAUACGUGUCUUCCGAUUUCGGAAACCAUCCAACAUCCCAUUUGAUGCAGUCGAUUCCAGGAAUGCACAACCGCGAACGUGUCGAAGUAUUCUGCUAUGCUCUCUCGGUCAACGAUGGAACCAACUUCCGAUCGAAGCUAAUGGCUGAAUCGGAGCACUUCGUUGAUUUGUCGCAGAUUACAUGUUACGGAAAAGCUGCUGAGAGAAUUGCCCAAGAUGGAAUUCAUAUUCUCAUCAAUAUGAAUGGCUACACCAAAGGUGCGCGAAAUGAGAUCUUCGCUCUCAGGCCUGCUCCAAUCCAAGUUAUGUGGCUAGGAUAUCCUUCGACUUCUGGUGCAACAUUCAUGGAUUACAUCAUCACGGAUGCAGUAACAUCUCCUCUUCGCCUGUCUUGUGCAUUCACCGAGAAACUUGCUUACAUGCCACACACAUUCUUCAUUGGAGACCACGCUCAAAUGCUUCGGCAUCUUACUGAAAAGGUGGUUGUGAAGGACAAGGACGCCACGGAAAGAGACUCUAGUCUGAUCAUGAAUACUGCUAAUAUGGAUCCGAUUCUCGCGAAAUCAGAAAUCAAGGAGCAAAUUUUGGAUACAGAAGUGGUUAGUGGUCCGAAGAAGGAACUAGUCAAAGCUGAAGUUGUUCUCCCAGUCCUGGAAGUUCCAACGGAACCAAUCAAACAAAUGAUUAUGACUGGACAGAUGACAAUGAAUGUAAUGGAAGAUGUAAAUGUACAGAAUGGUCUUGGACAGUCCCAAAUGCACCAUAAAGCGGCAACAGGAGAAGAAAUUCCAAACUCGGUUCUUCUGACGUCACGAGCUCAAUAUCAACUUCCGGAUGACGCUAUUGUGUUUUGCAACUUCAAUCAGCUUUAUAAGAUAGAUCCUCCAACUCUUGAUAUGUGGAUUAAAAUUCUUGAAAAUGUACCGAAGUCCGUUUUAUGGCUCCUGAGGUUCCCAUAUCAAGGAGAAGAGCACAUUCGAAAAUAUUGUGUUGAGAGGGGAAUCGAACCAUCAAGGAUAGUUUUCAGUAACGUUGCAGCAAAGGAAGAACAUGUUCGUCGUGGACAACUUGCUGAUGUAUGCCUAGAUACUCCCCUCUGUAAUGGACACACGACUGGAAUGGACAUUUUGUGGACUGGAACUCCAAUGGUCACAAUGCCACUUGAAUCUCUGGCUUCUCGUGUUGCGACAUCACAACUUUAUGCUCUUGGAGUACCUGAAUUAGUGGCAAAGACCAGGAACGAGUAUGUUCAAAUUGCAACCCGAUUGGGAAAUGAUGCUGAACAUUUGGCUAGUAUGCGAGCAAAGGUAUGGAUGGCGCGAACAACAUCAACGCUUUUCGAUGUCAAACAAUAUUGUCAUGACAUGGAAGACCUUCUGGAGCUAAUGUGGAAACGUUACGAGAACGGAUUACCUGUAGACCAUAUCACGAAUAACACAGAAACACCAUUUGGACUAUAA